CUCCCCCAUCAUCGUCUCCACCUAGGAUUCUUCCUCUACUACUAGUCUACUACCAUACCAGACGCCCUCCUCUCCUCCCCGCAACCCUCCCAAAUCCCCAAGCCACAGCCAAAAUUUCCAGUCGCAAAUUCCCCAAUCCGCGGCAACGUCGACCCAAAUCCUCGCUCCUGGGGCUCGCGCGUCGCGGCGACGAUGAUGUUCACGGAGGGCCUCGACGAGUCGGCCAUCAGCUGGAUCAAGCAGGGCACGGAUACUCCCCCCGCCCCCGCCGCGGCGAGGUCUCCACUGGCGGAGCGGCUGCCUCUGGGACAGAUCUCGGAGGGCGCGGCGGCGCCCAGGAGCCCCGCGCUGUACAACAGGGCGUGCGUCGGCCUCUUCUCCCCCAAGAGUCUGCCGCCGCCGGUGCGAACCGCCACGCGCCACUCGGGGCUCCUCUGCCGCCACUCCGUGCUCCUCGCCGCGGACUCUGAGGAGGAGGAGGAGGGGGAGGAGAGCGUCGCAUCCUGGGGGCUCACCGAGGACUGCGGUUACGGCUACUUCUCUGACCACACGGCCGAGGAGGACGGGGUGUGCUCCAGUGACUCCAGCCUGUUCCGGAGGGCGAGGGACCUGUACGGAAAUGGCGUCGAGGACGAGGUCACGUCGCAGUUCAGACGGAGGGGCGGCGGGCUUGCACGGGGGCAGUCCAAGGAGAACCUUCGGGUCGAGGUGCGAGCCGCGGCCGCGGCCGCGUUUGCCGGGAGAAGCUCCCUUGGUCAGGAUCAGGUGGACUGCAGCUCGCGUCAGCGCUACGUUGAUACGCAGAAAUUCCAGGAUUUCGGGCCACCAAGUGCUCCCCCAAUUGCACGAGAUGGGGAGGUGGAUGGCAUUUUCGAUGAAAUUGCUGACGAGAACGGAGGCUUCAAGAAGACUGAGAUCUCCUCAGUGGCGGAUAUACUGGCUCAAGAUGUCCAUGAGCUUCCGAGAUCAAAUGUUCAGGCGGAUGGUGUUCAGAUGCCGUACAUCGAGAACAAUUUAUUAGCUCAGAUACCCAGCUUCACAACUAAUGUCCAAAAUGCAUGGCAAUCAUUUGUUGCAUAUGAUGCAUGUUUUCGGCUUUGUCUGAAUGCAUGGGCAAAAAAUUGCAUGGAGGCUCCAGAAUUCCUCCGCGAUGAGUGCAUGGUACUUAGAAGCGCCUUUGGAAUACAGAAAUUUUUGCUUCAUCCAAAGCAUAAGAAUCAAGAUGAUGGAAAACAUACCUAUGAUAAGGAUGAAAGUUGUAGCAUGAAGGCAAGGAAACUGGUUAAACGGAUUGAGAUCGAAGUAAGAAAGAUACGUGUUGUACCGCAAAGACCAAAGCUUCGCGCAACAUCAUCCUUUAGAAAUCUCUACAUGCAAGCUGGUAGCGAGUAUGUCAGACAGAUUUCUAAGAUUCUGAAGAGCCAGGUUACUAUGCUGACAUCCACAUCAUCUACAUCUUUGCCUGAAGAAAUGUUUACAUGCACACUAGAAUUAAAAAGCUCCCGCAAAGGUCAAGAAAGAGAUUCCGUUUCUCUGCAAUAUUUGAAGCCGGGGACUGGUGAAUCUCAACUCUUUUAUCUAGAGGGCCAGGGAGAUGAUAUUCUUGUUGAAGUACAAGACAACAAUAGGGUUGUCAUAGGCCGUGCAGAAAUUCAAGUUUCAUCAUUCAGUGAUGCCCACCAGGAGGAAUUCACCAGAUGGUGGCCUCUAUAUCUUGAGGAUCAAGAAUGUGUGGGCAAAAUUCAGCUUUGUCUGAACUUGUCCACGCCUUCGGACAAUUAUGGAUCUGCAAAGAUGCCGCAAGGUGGUCUGGCUGUCGAUACUAUAAUAUAUGACAUGGUUCUGGAAGCAGCAAUGGGAGCUCAAAAUUUCAACAGCAAAAUGUUGCACAUCAGUGGUUCGUGGAAAUGGCUGCUGGAUGAAUUUUCUGAUUACUAUGGGGUAUCAGAUGCAUAUAGAAAAUUGAGGUACCUUUGUUACAUUUUAAAUGUGGCAACGCCAACAAAGGAUUGCUUGGAACUUACAUAUGAGUUGCUUCUCCCUGUCAUGAAAGCACGGGAUGACAGAACUUUAACAAGACAAGAGAGAAGUAUACUGCUUGACUGCGAAGAUAGGAUCAAUGUUCUUCUUGCGAUUGUGUUCGAAAAUUAUAAAUCACUGGAUGAGCAUUCUAUUACGGGCUUAUCAGAGCUAUUUGGCCCCAUAUCAGAUUGUGCUGCACCAGCUUUGGCACCUGCAGUUCAGAUAUUCAGUGUACUGCAUGAUAUACUCUCUAAUGAAGCACAGAGCAUACUCAGGAGCUAUCUGCAGACUGCUGCUGCAAAGAGGUGCAGGAGGCAUAUGAUUGAGACAGACGAGUUCAUGUCAAGCAAUAAUGACAACCUUCUUACAGACGAGAUGACUAUUUCUGCUGCCUAUCUCAAAAUGAAGACACUAUGCAUUAACAUAAGUCUUGAGAUUCAAGCAGACAUCAAGAUUCACAAUCAGAACAUACUCCCAAGUUCGAUAGAUCUUCCAAACAUAUCAGCAUCCCUGUAUAGUACAGAACUAUGCAAACGAUUGAAGGGUUUUCUCUCUGCAAGCCCUCCAUCAAGACCCUUACAACAUGUUGCUGAACUGCUCAUUGCGACUGCUGACUUUGAGAGAGAUCUUGACUCCUGGCAAGUCAGACCUGUUCAUGGGGGUGUACUUUCGAGGGAGUUGUUUCAUGAUUACAUUAUGGUGUGGAUUGAAGAUACCCGGUUGCACUUGCUUGAUUAUUGCAAAGCUGAGAAGUUAUCCUAUCCUGCAGCAUCUACAACUUCACCAUUUGUUGAGCAAGUAUAUGAGCAAAUAAAAGAAAGCAUACAUGAGUAUGGAGUAGUUAUCAACAGAUGGCCUCAAUAUCUAAUGAGUUUGGAGAGUGCUAUUGCUGAUGUCGAAAGGGAAGUUAUGAAGGCACUGGAGAAGCAAUACAUGGAGACUCUAAUGCCUCUGAGAGACGGCAUACCAAAAAUUCUUGAGAAGCAUGUUCAAAGACUGACAAGGAGACAAUCGGUAGCUCCAUAUGUUGUGCCAAAUCAGUUAGGAACAUUCAUGAAUACAGUUAAAAGAAUGCUAGAUGUGUUACACUGCCGUGUUGAGGAGAUUCUCAAAUCGUGGGCAGCAUAUCUAACCAUAGCAAACGGGACCACACUUUUUGGAGAGCAAAUGAACUCCAUCACAGUCAUGUUGAGAAAGAAGUACAAGAAAUACCUGCAGGCAAUAGUGGAGAAGAUUGUUAGUGAAACACAAGCUAAUCGGACUACAAGGCUAAAACGAAUUCUUGAAGAAACAAAAGAGACUGAAGGUGAAAGUGAAAUGCGUGAAAGGAUGCAGGCUCUCCGUGCACAACUCUCUGAUUCCAUACACAACCUCCACGGGGUCUUUUCCUGCAGAAUAUUUGUCGCUAUUUGCCGAGGUUUCUGGGAUAGGUUGGGCCAGACUGUGUUGAGGUUUCUCGAGAGCAGAAAGGAGAACAGGAUUUGGUAUCGUGGAUCCGAUUACGCUUUAGGGAUCCUGGAUGAUGUCUUUGCAUCAGAGAUGCAAAAGCUGCUGGGCAACGCUCUCCAGGACAAGGACCUGGAUCCACCACAAUCGGUGAUUGACGCUCGUUCUAUCCUUUGUUGAGGGCGGCGGGGUAGGAGAAGAACCGUCUAACAUUCAGAUGGAUCUCUGCUAAGAUCUGAAAUAUGUUCGAGAUUAAACUUCGGUUUUGCUUUGUUUAGUGUGCAGAAUUUAUGUAUACAUGUAGAGAUGUCCCCAUUCUUUCUGUUCAUAGUGGGUUGGUAAUUGUUUCAGAAAGUGAAGAGGAAAAUUGUGUAAUUGGUUAGUGGCAAGCAAGAUGUGCUUUCCAAAGAGUGUAUUUGGAAUUUUAAAAGGAGUGUAUAUUUGGCAGCUUUCUUUGAAAAGUUCAGUUACGUGAUUACAUGUUGGAAAUUUGGCUGUCACAGGAUUUGUCUUCAGGGUUUCCAAUUGUUAAAAGGAGUGUAUUUGGUCUGUUAAGUGGAUCACAAACCUCUCUUUGACGGUUUCCAAUUGUUAAAAGGAGUGUAUUUGGUUAGUGGCAAGCAAGAUGUGCUUUCCAAAGAGUGUAUUUGGAAUUUUAAAAGGAGUGUAUAUUUGGCAGCUUUCUUUGAAAAGUUCAGUUACGUGAUUA